AUGGACUCCGAGAUUCUCGCUUUCCUUGGAGAGCAUUCUUACAUGGAAGAGCACCUAGACCACAAGCCGUCGCUUCCGUGUUUCCCCCAGGAGCUCACUGACCUCGUUAUCGACUGCCUGCAUGGCGAUUUGACGGCCCUACGAGCUUGCCCUGGUCCCACAGUGUUAACGCAUUACGUGCGGGAAAUGCGUAUAUCCGAUUCCCUUUUUAGAACCGCAGACCGUAAGGCCGACUGGGUCAACAAGCAAGUCCCUGCUCUUAUGUCUUCCUUGACGACUUUGGAAAACGUCCUCAUGCAAGACGUACGCUACGUGGAGUGGGGAGUGCGGCCUUUGUUCCACACUGUAACCAAACUUGCAGUCAACCGCAUCGAAUUCAAGACACCUAUAGAUCUCACGCGUUUCCUAGGCCAUUUUCCCUCACUCACAACCCUCCUCAUAGAGAAUCUAACUGUCGUGGAACGAAGAGCAGAUCCCACGAAGCGUGGCCCACGCCCUCCAUUGGACACGUUGAGGAUUGCUUCGGGAAACGCACAAGAAUUCCUUCUCAAUUGGUUUUUGUAUCAGCCACCGGAAAUGCUGCGUUUGAAGAACUUGGCCUACACUGUGGAACGAUGGCGCGUGGCCGCUCCUCUCGUGUCUCUCCAAGCACUCGGCCGUUCUGUUAAGGAUUUGACGAUUAUUUAUGCCUACGAAUCCCCCCACUAUCUUCUAAAGAACGAUCCUCUCCUGUCGCAUCUCACCUCGAUCCAGACAUUGACUUUCGACCUCGCUACAGGGUACGGCACAUUCUAUGGAGCUCCAUCUAUUCCUUAUCUUCUACGAAGCGUCGUUGCGGGAAGUGUGGCCUCUCUUCGCUUCCGUUUCUCCCUGGACAAUCGCCACCCGGCGCUCGACGAGUGUCUCGAGCAAGUUGGACGCAUCCGUUUACCCGAGCUGGGCCGUCAAAUCGACAUCCUCGAGACCCUCGCUGACCUUGCCGAGGUCACUGUCGAGAUCCGCUCGAAUGAAUGGUUCAGGUUCGUGCAGGUUGGCUCCCGCGACCAGUGGGUCGCGCUAGAGAUGGAGCAGCGGCGCCUCACCAACAGGGCAACCCACAGGCCCAGGCCCAAGAGUACGGAGGGAGGCGCGGAAUCUGAUGCUGAGGGGCAGAAGAGCGACAGCGAAUGGGGGAGGGUCGCCAGACAGCGCGUGGAGGCGGAUUAUGAUAAGACGAAGGAUACGUGGCGCAAGGCUCAGGCCACUGUCGAGAGAGCGCUUCCCUCACUGUUACACCAGAAUCUGCUCAAGGUCUUGCCCAUCGAAUACGAGUCUCCCGCAAGCUCCCCCACACAGACACGUCGCGCGAAUGUAGUGUUUCCCCGCGAGUUUGAUAUUGCUUCUCAUCUCAUAGCGGAUUAUCAGGACAUUGACAUUUAUGGCUGA